AAAAAAAACUCGAAACACGAUCCUAAAUGGCCCAACGUCCUAACUUGUUAACUCAUUUCCAAAAUCUCGUGUAGAAUCUCAAAACAGGGCAAUGGCGGCACAAGAUAAGUACAAGUUCGUUUUCACUGCCAAAGAAGCAGCAUCGGAAGGUGUCACCGAACCCAUCAGACUUCCAAAGCUGAUCAGAAAGGCGAUGUCUCUGGCUCGGGGUCCAAUCUCCAAAUACAAAGUCGGAGCCGUUGGACGCGCAUCAUCGGGUCGGGUCUAUUUAGGCGUCAAUGUCGAAUUCCCAGGUCUUCCUCUUCACCACUCCAUCCACCCCGAGCAAUUCCUCGUCACCAACCUCGCACUAAACUCCGAGAAAGGUCUCCGUCAGUUAGCAGUCGCCAUCUCUAGUGACUGCAUCGAAUUCGGCGCGCCGUGCGGAAACUGCCGCCAGUUUCUUAUGGAGACCAGCAACGAGCUUGACAUCAAAAUCCUGCUCAAAUCAAAGCAUGAAGCAGAAGGAUCAUUCUCGAGCCUUAAGCUCCUCCUUCCGUACAGAUUCACCCCUGACGACGUCCUCCCAAAGGGUUCCCCUCUCCUUCUCGAGAAGCGCGAUAACUGCCUCACCCUUUCGGGUUCUACCGAAGAGAUAUGCUCAUCAGAUUGUUCCCAUUUGAAGUGCAAGGCUCUAGCCGCGGCAAACAAUUCGUUCUCUCCGUACACUGAGUCUCCGUCGGGAGUGGCGCUGCAGGAUGACGAAGGGAAGUGGUACCGUGGAUGGUACAUUGAAUCAGUGGCGUAUAGCCCAAGUUUGGGACCGGUACAAGCUGCUCUGGUUGAUUUCGUGGCUCGUAGCCGAGGGAAAGGGUUCAAUAAGAUCGUAGAAGCGGUGCUUGUGGAAAAGAAUAACGCGAGGGUGAGUCAAGAGCGCACGGCGAAGAUGAUUUUAGACACUAUAGCAGCUCCGAACUGCGAUUUCAAGGUUUUCCAUUGCUACGUGGAUCUCCAAAAAAAGUUUAUUACUGAAUAG